GAUUCGGCGCUCGUUCGGAAGCGUCAGUCUCUACCGGCAAAGAAAGGACGGUGCGCGCGGCAGCGCCCGCGAUCCGCGAACACGUGUGACGACGCGUGUAUAUUUUUAGUUCAUCUGUUUUGAAUAGAAAUAGAAAUAUAUUCAUUUGUAGCCUAAAAAAUCCACUUACAUUUAACAAAUUUCAACGCUACAAAAAGGUAUCAUCUAUGGAAGAUACACAGUAAAAAAUGUAUAAUGUGUGAUGAAAAUUUUUGUGACAAUAAAAAAAAUAAUUUUUCAAAAAAAUUAUAUAAAAAAAGAUAUACCUAUAAAUUUAUAUAAAAAAGUUAAGAAGUAAAAUCUGUGUUUAAAAUAUGAUGUGACAAAAAGAACGUACGAAUUUGAAAAUGGCGGCGUGGGUGUGGUUGGCUGCACUGUUGUGCGGCUCCCAUGCUGCAGUGCUGCCACCGCCGUGGGCGGACGUGAGGAGAAACCCUUGUGCCGCCCAUCCUAGAGGGUGGCUGAUGCUGUACUGGCCUUCAGAUGGGAAGUGUUACACUAUUUAUAAGAAAGGUUAUCCAUGCCCGGAGACACAGGAGCUGAGUCCAGGUCGCUGGGGCGGGCGGACGGUGGCUGAAUGUAAGUGUCCACCGGGAACUGCCCAGCUGCCUCACUCUACCACGUGCCACAAGCUGUUCGAUCGAGGACCUUGUAGACCUGGGGAAUAUUUUGCACCGGUGGAGGAGUCUUUCAACAAGCGAGGUGAGCGUCAAGGAAUGUGCAUGCGACCCCAGCAAUGUGCAGACGAGACUCUGCUGUUUUGGCCAGCUGACGGUCGCUGUUACUACAGGCUGUCCCAGGGCCCAUGCUACUCUGGGUCUAUUCUAGAUAUUGGGGAAGACGGACUGGCGAACUGUACGUGUGCGACAGACGGCCCCCAUUUCUACUCAGGAGAUGGUGGGUGCUAUGCCCAUUACUCCAGGGGACCCUGCGACAGAGGGCAGCUGUUCCUACCAGGGUCCAAGUGUGGGUGCGAGCCCCAUCUCCCGCAUUAUCACAACGAGACUGGAGCUUGUUAUGAGCUAGAUGGUAUCGGACCCUGUCCCAAGGGCCACGUAUUCUCCAUCAAUGAGGUGUCACCCCAGGGCUCCCGAGCAGAGUGCACGUGCAAGUCGUUCCACGCACGAGCAUCAGAUGGGGCUUGCUACAGACUGUACACCAGGGGGCCUUGUGCUAGUGACGAGAUGAUAUCCAGAGGAGGACGGUGCACCAAGCUGCCAUGCGCACGCGGCCGUCUGUACGUGCCGUCUCGCCGUCGCUGCUACCGGCCGGGCGCGGCGGAGCCCUGCCCGCGCGGGGAGGUGGUCGCCUUCGACUUUGAAGCCCGACCUGCGCUGGACGGGCUCAGCCAUAACGGAGUCUGUGCCUGUGGGAACGGAGCUUGCACCAGAAAGGAGGUGGAAGCGUGUUCAUUCCGCGCCGGCUCGGCGGUGUUCGGCGGCGCGUGCCACACGCUGCACACGCAGGGCCCGUGUCCGCACAACUCCUGGCUCACCAGCGACUCCAACGGGAGCGUCGCCUGCCGCUGCCGGCCUGGCACUCUACCCCCGGACUGUAGGCUCGAUGGACAAGUGAAAAGUUGACCAGAGUUUAAAUUAUAUACAAUAUAAGACUUCAGUGAAUAGUUUCAAAGAUCGUGAAGGUUUAUGGUCGUGUCGUCGAAGUGUUAACAGGCCCGUAUUCACAGAACUGGCUAAUGUUGGACUCUAAUGUCCAAUGGUUAAUGAAGAUUAGAAGAUGAUGAUGGCUAAAGAAUAGAUUUUCAUGGAGCUCCAGUAAAGUUGAAGAAACUGCGAUUGUCCCAGAUUAUAGAUAUGUUGCUUAGAAGAGUUUAUAUCUUAGUUUUAGGUUGAAAAAUGAAGCUGGGACUUAUGAAGAGUUGACUACACUUUGCUGACAGUUCAAGUUAUUUUGGGCGUAUACAGAUAUUUUGUUGUAGUUUCUGUGAACAAAGUGUCGUCUAAAUAAUGUUUACUUCGAGAAGGAUAAAAUUAUAUUAUAAUGCUUAGUAUUAUUAGAUAAAUCAAAACAAGAGACUGUUCUGAAGUAGUUUAGGAAUUAAAUAAACAACUUUUCUAUUA